AUGCCCAGAAACAUCCUCCUCCUCGUCGCCGACGACCUCGGCCGCGAGCAGCUCGGCUGCUACGGCUGCUCGGCCAUCCAGACGCCGCACCUCGACGCGCUCGCCGCCUCGGGGACGCGCUUCGACAUGGCCUUUGCCAGCACGGCGUCGUGCAGCGGCUCGCGCACGACGCUCUACACGGGCCUGCACACGCACGAGAACGGCAGCUACGGGCUCGUGCUCGAGCGCAACGGCUUCCAGACCUGGGCCAACGUCGAGACGGCGCCGCGCGUCUUCAACGACCUCGGCUACCGGACGGGCAUCCUCGGCAAGGUCCACGUCGCCCCCGACGCCGUGUACCCUUGGCAGGUCCGCGAGGAGAGCGACACGCGCGACGUGGCCGUCAUUGCGGACCAGGCGGAGCGCUUCUUUCGGGAGGAAAAGGAGGCACAGGCGCAAAAGGGGGGCAACGACGACGAAGGCAACGAGGCGGAGGGAGCUGCCAGCAACAGGAGGAGGCCGGGCUUCUUCCUCACCAUCGGCUAUGUCGAUCCGCACCGCGUGCUCACCAGCCGCGGCGGCUUCGGCAACGUCGACGCCGACGACGCGGGCGCCUACGAUGCCCGCAUCCGCGACCGCGUCUACGCCCCGGACGAGGUCGCCGUGCCGUCCUUCCUGCAGGACCUGCCGGCCGUGCGCCAGGAGCUCGCCGAGUACUACCGCGCCAUCAACCGGCUCGACCAGGGCGUCGGCAUGGUGCUGUCCGCGCUGGAGCGCACGGGGCAAGCCGACGACACCCUGGUGCUGUUCCUGAGCGACAACGGCCCGCCGUUUGUCAACUCCAAGACGACGCUGUACGACGCGGGCGUGCGGCUGCCGUUUCUGAUGCGCGCUCCCGGAGUUGUUGUUCCUCCUACUGUUGCUGCUACUGGUGCUGCUGGUGCUGAUGCUGGUGCCGGCAACGUCGUGAACCCCAACCUCGUCUCGUGGAUCGACGUCUUGCCCACGAUGCUCGCCUGGGCGGGCCACGAGGGACGCCAGCCGCCCGAGGGGUCCGUCGGCCCGCGCAAGGGACGCAACCUGCUGCCCAUUGCGGGCGAGCGGGCGGUCGUGCCCGGCUGGGACCGCGUCUUCGGCUCCCACACGUUUCACGAGAUCACCAACUACUGGCCGACGCGGUACAUGCGCACGCCGAGGUGGAAGUACCACCGUAAUGUGUGCUGGCGCCUCGAUUUCCCCUUUGCUAUGGAUCUGUACGCGUCGCUGUCCUUUGACGCCAUGCGCAACUCGGGGAGCGCCGCCGUCCCUGACGUGCCCGCCGCCACCAACGGGUGCAACGGCACCACCACCACCACCAAACAUGAAGAGAAGGAAGCGACGACGACGACGAUACAGAGACAGCAGCAGACGCAACCAGCCAUGAUUGGCAAGCGCACGCUCAAGAGCUACAUCCGCCGGCCGGCCGAAGAGCUGUACGACCUGGACGCGGACCCGGACGAGGUGCGCAACCUGGCUGGCGAGCCGGCGCACGCGGAGACGCUGGCCGAGAUGCGCAACGCGGUCGAGGCGUGGCAGUACGAGACGCAGGACCUGUGGCUGUGGAAGGACGGCGUCUCGGUGCAGCGCUUCCGCGAGUUUGACUACGAGCGCGAGGGGCUGCGCAUCCCUGACCGGCUGGACUUUGACGUCGAUCACCCCGGGACGGUGGGGGUGAAGACGAUACGGUUGCAUGAGACGUAA